CUUUGAAUACCCCAGUAAGGUGAAUUUGGAACGGAACCUAUUUCGAGAGGCCCUUCAUGAUGCAGAGACGGGAUGCAAGAUCUGCGUCAGCAUCAUGUCAGAGUAGAAGUUGCCAUUCGACGAGUCGUUCAUGCUCACCUGGAAAAUGCCCCACUUCAUCUAUUCAACACCUCUGCUGGGCGUGUAUUGAAUCGAGAUGCACAGAUCCACACUUCGUGGAAAGCACAGAGUACAUGGAGAUCUUAUCAUCAUCUGUGGCGCAUGCGCCCCCACACGGAGCCUAUCGAUGUUGAAAUGGUCAAAGGUACUUCAGCUGGGACAUGUUAUCGCAUAGGCGGGAAAGAGGAGCUGCUGCUAGUGCAUGACAUCCAGGACAAAGUCACGUAUGAUUUGGAAUUUUGGUCAAGUUGCAGCCAUUCUUCAAAAUUUCCCGUGAUCGGGAUGUCGCUGGGCAUGGAGUAACAGGGCCACCCGACAGACAUUCUUGCUCCCUGAAAGAUUUGUCGUAGCCCGAGUCCUCAUCGGAUGAUUCUCCUAGCGGGCCUUAUGGAGAGGAUGAGCCAGUUGAUUCAGAGUCUCGC